ACGCCGUACGCUCAAGGGCACCUUGGAAACUCGCGCCCGCGCCUAUUCGCGACGGGAUAAAGGCGGCUCGGGAGGAAGUUCGGCGAGUUUUCUUUCCGACACUGAGGAAUGGCUGAAAUUGCAAGUGCUCUGUUGAGCGAAGUGGCAGAGCCACAGGGAACAUCCGGCAACAAGGUCACAGUUGUGGGGGUUGGUCAGGUUGGAAUGGCCUGUGCCUUCAGUAUACUUACUCAGCACGUUGCAAGUGAAAUAGCACUGGUUGAUGUUGUUGCUGACAAACUGAAAGGUGAAAUGAUGGAUUUGCAGCACGGUCUUACUUUCAUGAAGACAGGAAAGAUUGUGGCUGGCACAGAUUAUGCUGUAACAGCAGGGUCAAGAUUGUGCAUUGUUACUGCUGGGGCUCGACAGAAGGAAGGAGAAUCACGGUUGGACUUGGUUCAACGUAACACAGAUAUUUUCAAAGGAAUCAUUCCAAACUUGGUGAAGCACAGUCCAAAUACCAUUUUGCUUAUUGUUAGUAAUCCAGUUGAUAUCCUAACAUAUGUUGCUUGGAAGUUGAGUGGCCUUCCAAAGAAUCGUGUGAUUGGAUCUGGAACCAAUUUGGAUUCAUCUCGUUUCCGAUUCUUGAUGUCACAGAGAUUAAAUGUUGCUCCUACCAGCUGUCAUGGGUGGAUAAUUGGAGAGCAUGGUGACACCAGUGUGCCUGUCUGGUCUGGUGUAAAUGUGGCAGGUGUAAGGCUGCGAGAUUUAAAUCCAAAUGUGGGGACUGUAGCUGAUAAAGAAAACUGGGAACAACUGCACCAACAAGUAGUUCAGAGUGCAUAUGAGGUCAUAAAACUAAAGGGUUAUACAUCCUGGGCUAUUGGGCUGAGUGUUGCAGCUUUAGCACAAAGCAUUUUGCGCAAUGCUCAUGUUGUUCAUGCUGUGUCAACACUGGUUAAUGGUUAUCAUGGUAUUUCCAAGGAUGUGUUUCUCUCUUUGCCAUGCGUGUUGGGUGAGAAUGGAGUUACACACAUAGUGAAACAGCCACUCACUGCAGAAGAAACCGCCAUGCUAAAUAAAUCUGCUGAUUUAAUGUUUGAAGUACAAAAUGGUCUAAAAUGGUAAUUUUUGUGUUAUACUUUUUUUAAAUUUAUGCAACAGGAUAUAAGCUGAUUCAAUAUUAGAAGUGAUUGAAGUAUUAUCAUCAGACUGUCAAGAUAAUGAUCUGAAAAUCAAAGAUAAACAGAUUGAUAAAAAUUCUCAUAAAUUUUUAUCGCAAAGUUGAUAACUGCUGAGAUGUAAUGAUGAAAUACCAAAGUAUUUAUUGCAUGAUCUGUCAGUGUCUACAGUUUGAGUUACAUAAUUUAUAUUGAGAAGAUGGUAACUACCUGAACAAAAAUUACUAAAGCUUCUUUCCUUGCCAUAUGUCAUUUGAAAAAACUGUUCAAUUUCUAAAUUAUUAUUUUUCUAAUUGUAUGUCAUGUAUAGAUUUAUCCAGAGACUAUUGAAAUUGUCAUGUUGAAUAGUAACUGUCAUGUGCACCUGUUUCAUCAUUCAACCAUUAAACAGUGUUGAAUUUCUUAUUUAUGUAAAUACAUGUAAGAAUAGCCCAUUUGUGCCAUGUAUGUGUGUUUGUGUGCUUUAGUUUGUUUUUAAUAAUGUGCUACUAAUGUGUGUGCAAGUGGAAAUCUGCUCAUGCAGAUAAGUUCCUAACACAGUAUUGUGAAAUUUGCUGUAUUUUUGUUCUGCUGUGAAGCUGUCACUUAGGCUUUUGUCUUAGCCACUCACAUUUAGUUUUCAUGUAACUAGACACAAAUCCUAUCAGAACAACAAUUUUUUGUGUACUUUUUUAAACAUGUAAAAUAAUGUUUCAUAAUUUUGUACCAUGACAUUUAAUUAAACCAUAUCUGAGAGAACAUUGAGGCAAAUUUGUCUGCUGUUGUCUCAAGUUUACAGUAUUUAUUAAAAAGAAUGUUACAAAAAGUAUUUAUUGUAAAAAUAAUGUCCGAGCAUGUUGCCCACACUGUAAGUAAAUGGAGAAUUAUAAUUUAAGAUUAAAUAAAGAAUACUGGAAAAUACCUUGUCCAGCAAAUGUAA